AUGAGCUACAGAGUUGUCAUCAACCCAUAUUCGUCUUCUGGAAGACUGAUACCAGGAGAAGAGAGGCAGAUUGUUAUCGAUGGCAAUGAGCAUACAAUACUUGUGACAAACCUAAAACCCAGCAUGGAGUACUCUUUCACCGUGGUUGCUGUGUAUGCUGACAUGAUUGGAGAUCUCGCAACUGUCAAUGGAAAAACAAGUGCCCUGCCUCGUGUGAUUAACUUCCGAGUGAUUGAGAAAGGAUUAUUUAGUCUGAAGGUGGCCUGGACUCUUCCUUUAGGACCAUUAGUGGGUUACAAGAUCUAUAUACCAAGAAUCAACAGACCUGGGCUGGCCUAUGAACAGAAUAUCAAGGGAGAUGUCUCCUUUCACCUGAUAGACAACCUGGAGGAAGACGAGGUCUACACCAUCAGCAUCUACGCUGUGUAUCCUGAGGGCCCCAGUGAUCCUGUGUCCACCACUGGCAGAACAUUGAAACUCACGGCAGUGAAGAAACUACUUUUGGAAAAUAUUACGACAGAUACCAUACAGGCAAGGUGGCUACCGGUUAAAGGCGCAUCUGGCUACAGACUUACAUGGGGAUCAUCUGAGGGAGACCUGCAGAAUGUCAAUUUAGGUGAAGCCUACCAGUUCUAUAUGAUCCGAGGUCUGCAGGCUGGUACUGAAUACACUGUUACUAUCAACCCAAUAUUUGGCAAUAUAGAAGGUCCAGUGGUCUCUGGGAAGAUCAUGACUUUGGCAACAAGUUCUGUCCACAUUCUGCGAGCAUCGUCCAUCACUACGAGCAGUGCUGUCAUCAUGUGGAAUGCUGUCCAAGGUGCUACAGGAUAUAGAUUAGCAUGGGGGCCCACACCAGAGUUCAUGGGGAGUGACCGACCCCGUCAAGUAGCUCUGAACAGUAGCACAACAUCACAUCAACUCAAAAAUCUGGUUUCCAAUACAGAAUAUGUCUUAUCCUUUUAUGUGGUCUUUGGUUCUGUUGUGGGCCCUGGGAUGACAGCAACUGUGAAAACAAGUCCGCUUAAUCAUGUAUCAAACUUCAGAGUAACCACGUACACUAAUACCUCCGUGUCUGUGGUCUGGGGUGCUACUGUCGGAGCAACAGAGUACAAGAUAACAUGGAGUCCGACAUCAGGGAGAAGUGGUACUCAGAGUCAAUAUGUGGAUCGCAGCACACUGUCUUACCAUAUUGGACAUCUAAACCCUGGAACUCACUAUACUAUUAGCAUCAAUGCUGUGUACAGAAAUUCUGAGGGACCUGCAGUGUCCCUUUCUCAAAAGACAGCUUCUCCAGAUUCUGAACAAGUCCAAUCAGUGAAGGAACUAAAGAUCAUCGAAACUGGAUCCAACAGUUUAAAACUCGCGUGGAAAAAGAUGUCUGGCAUCACGGGAUACAGAAUAUCUUGGGCUCUACUGCGAGGAGGUCCUGAGAGGACAAGAGUUGUCCCAGCUGAUGCAACACUCCACGUGUUAGGUGGAUUGCAAGAGAGUUCUACAUACACCGUGCGAGUCUCGACUAUGGUUGGAAGCAGACAAGGAAUGCCUGUUGUCAUCUCAGCCCAGACACGUUCCAAACAGAAAUCAUCAGUCACAGCCAAACCAGUGGUUAUUUCACCAGUCACCCAGGUGACCAAAACUGCCCCCGCUUUCAUGUCCUGGACAGAUACUGCUCGACGAACCAGCAGUCAAAGCAGGACAACCUUAGCACCUCCAACCACCGCCACAACCAUCGGGAAGGUCACUGCUACUACCAGCCCCACCACAACCUCUGCUGCUGCCAGGAGACUUUCAGCACCUCAGGCCAUGCAGGAUGGACCUGUUUGCAGCAGAGCCAAGGCUGAUAUAGUGUUUUUGGUGGAUGAAUCCUGGAGCAUUGGCCAGAAUAACUUCAAUAAAAUCCGGGAUUUUGUCUUCAGGAUUGUUUCAUACUUUCCGAAGAUUGGACCUGCUGGAACCCAGCUGCAGAUCAAACACCAUCUGAGAGAAAUAGUAUUUGCUCACAUCUAA